CCCAAAAUAUAGCACCAUCGAAUCCCUGGCAAUAGUGUACAGAGUAUUUUCUUGCUUCCCCUCCAUUUUCUCUCUCUUCCCCAGAAAAUUAGAGCUCAGAGGAUUCGUCACACUGCUUGACUCUAUAUACAUUCUUCCCUACGCAUGGAGGGAGGAAGUGAGGAAAAGCAGAAGGGGGGCAUACCGCUUAACAUUGACGAGUUAUUACGGGACCGCGAAGACGAGCCUCCGCCGGAGCUGGUGGUAGUCUCCACCGCUGCGGCGAAACCGCCGUCAACAGCGAUGGACGACGAUGAACGUAGGGACGACCUACAGGAAUUGUCGGAUGAAACGCUCGUGAAUAAGAUUGCGAGGACCAAUAGAAUGCUAUCCAGCAAAAGUCUGCCCGAUGGUGGCGAGAAGCUGAGACACUUCAUCAAGCGCCUCCAGAAUGAACAGGAAAGGAGGCAACGUGACCAUCUCCGAAAGGAAGUUGAUAAACAAGAAGGGCAUGACCACAUUGGGGCAGGUGUAUCUAAUGGCUUCAUGCAACCGGCUCCAUCAUCUUCCACACCAAAUUCACAAUCUUCAUUUGGUGCUUGUUUUUCAAAGCGUUUGGAACCAGGAAACCAUAAGGUGGGCAAUGCCUUUGAAAGCGAAAUGAGUACUCUAAAUCCAUGUGACAGCAAAAGGGUACCCAAAAGAAAGAUUCCGCCAAGGAGAAGACAAGAGAGUAAAGCUCGUCAGCGACUAUCUAAUACUGGUUUGAAAAGAAGUAUUUCUUCUACUACAUCACAUUCUGAGGAAGACUUCUACAGCAGUGUGAAAAAGAAGAAUAAAUGUUCUGAAGUCCAAGGUUCAAAUAGCCCAAGGUGCAAAAAUGGGGAGACUGUUGUUCUUGUGGAUGAGGAGGAACAAGAGGCUAAACAUAUGGAUCAAUUGGACUUUAUGGAUGAAAGCACCAAAGAUUUGAAGCUGUACUAUCCUUCUAGAGAUGAUCCAGAUCCAAUUGAGCUUUGCUAUUCAGACAUGGAAUGCCUUGCUCCUGAGGCAUAUUUGUCAUCAACCAUAAUGAACUUUUAUAUCCGAUAUCUGCAGCACACCAAGUCUUCACCAGAUAGGGGAGGAUGCAACUAUCAUUUUUUUAAUACAUAUUUUUACAACAAGCUUAAAGAGGCUAUGCUGAACAAGCAGAAUGACAAGGAAUCUUCCUUUGUCAAGUUAAGAAGAUGGUGGAAAGGCGUAAAUCUGUUUGAGAAAGCAUACCUAUUUUUACCAAUUCAUGAAAGUCUUCAUUGGAGCUUGGUGAUUAUCUGCAUACCAGAUAAGGAAGAUGAAUCUGGACCAAUUGUACUUCAUUUGGAUUCACUAAUGUUCCACUGUAGCAAGCCAAUAUUUAACAACACCAGAAAGUUUUUGAUAGAGGAAUGGAAAACCUUGAAAGAUGAAGGACCACAUUUCCCCAUUGCAGAUAAAAUAUGGGAGAGACUCCCUAGAAGAAUUGAGGAAAAAGAAAUUCAGGUUCCUCAACAAAAGAAUGACUAUGACUGCGGCCCCUUUGUACUUUUCUUUAUAGAACGGUUUAUUGAUGAAGUUUCUGAGAGGCUGAAAAGGAAGGAUCUAGAUAUGUUUGGAAAGAAGUGGUUCAAGCCUCAUGAGGCUUCUAAUUUGAGGCAAAAACUGAAAAGCAUACUUGCAAAGGAAUUCAAAAGAGCCUCAAAGGAAUUGAAAAAUGGUAGUGAUGAUUUAACAUGAUAUGAAUCCUAGCCUUUGGCAUGACUAACAGGUUUUGACAACAAUAGGUGACUUGUAGCUAGUAUUCAUUCACAUAUAAGUUGGAGAGUUUUGGAACAGCUCUGUAUAGUCAUUCCCUAAACUGCAGAGAAUUGGAGUUUCUCCUUUGCCUCUCAAUUCAGAAUUGAAGGUAAAUAUAUGAGAGAUUUGAAGUAAUAGUAAUAGUCAUCAAAGAUAUGUUUCCUUUUAGUUGUAUAGCAGACCAGAUCAGAUCAUUCAUUAUCACCCAUACUGUAAUUUUCUGGGGGGUUCUUGAGACCCUAGUUACGUUGCUAUUUCUCAUAUAUAUGAUAUGUAAAUCCCUUUUUUGGGCAAUCUAUUGUAGUUGAGUACAAAAAUUGUUGCAAUAUGGUAAAAAUCAUAGAGUUUUUACAAUUAGUUUUAUCAUUUUAAUUUGAAUA